AUGUACUUCAACGCUGUUUCCGUCGCCGUGUUCGCGCUCCUGUCGCUGGCCGGGGCCAAGGCUGACGACGAAAUCUCGACUGCUGGUCUUGUGGUCGACGACAAGCAGGUAGCCAGCUACUGUGGCGUCCCGGUCAAACCGGAGUACAAGGAGGUCGAGUUCGUUUGCUUUACGUACAAGGGCGACAUCCAGAAGGCGAUGACCAACCCGAACCGACUCAAGGGUUUCGUCAACAAGGCAGGCAAUGCCUUUGUCGUGCUGGGCCAGAGCGGAGCUCAGUCCUUCUCGAUCGCCGGCAUGCAUGUUAUUCUUCACCCCGUCGACACGCCGUACUGUCGCAAAGUCGAAGCGUCGAGCGCAGGCGAGAACCAGGGAUACACGGCCACUGCGCAAAAGUGCCCGGGUAACGUUCCAUUCGACCUCUCAGACCACCUCAGCGAUGUUCCUCCUGGGGCUGGAGGUCCUGGGGCUGGAGGUCCUGGGGAUGGAGACCCUGGAGCUGGAGGCCCCUAA